AAAGUACUAGUUUAUUUUCAUUAAUUGAGGCCUCAUAUAUCUAGUUAAAUCUUUAAUACUUUUAGACUAAAUAAUUUUUUUCAAAGUAGAUCUAUUGAUCUAAUACUAAUAUUUAAUUUUUAAAAUUUCGUUUAUUAUUUAUUUCGUAUUUUUAACAAGCAUCCCUAGUUAAAAUGAUGGAUUUCUUUAAAUGUUGUGAUCUAUUUUUGGACUUGUCAAACCGGUAAUAAUGAAUUAACUAAAAGUAAAGUGUGUACAGAGAAUCUAUACUGGAACAAGGGUGUGCUUGUUGAUAGGAGUACAGCCUACAGGUUUUAAUGGCAUGAUUUAUAAAGAUCUAGUAGAUCCAUAUUUAUUCAAAAAUACACAUAAAUAUCCAGAUCAAUGGAUUUUAUUAAAUUGCUGUUAAGUUUAGCAGCUGUCUGUUUAGCAACUUUUGUUAAAGCUGAAAACCAGCCUCCAACCUGGAAUAUAGCCUCAGUAAACAUAUUUUUCCAAGGUGUUAGUGAAGCUACCCCAGUUGGCACAAAACUGGCAGAUUUACAAUGUAUUGAUCCUGAUGGAGACCCUAUAAAUUAUUAUUUAAAGUCUGGUAAAGCAGUUACAGUUUCUUACACUGGUGAGGUUAAGCUUGCUGUUGCCUUGGAUUUUGAGGCAAAGGAUACCUUUGGCUAUGAUUUGACAUUUACAUGUGUUGAUGUUAACAGUACUACAGGAUAUCAACUGCAUAUACCGGUUGAAACACGUGUUCAAAUCAGUGUUGAUGAUGCUAAUGAUAAUCCUCCCAAAUUUGAAGUCGACAAUAAAGAUGGCUAUUCAUUUUCCAUUCCUGAGGAUGCUCCAAUAAAUACAGUCUUGACUCCAUCAAUAAGAAUCAGAGAUUUAGACAGAACAGUGAAUGCCAGGAUUGAUAAGCUGUAUAUCAUUUGUAAUAGUCCCUUCUCUAAUGAGCUCAUAGGUCUACCUGAAAGUAGCAUAGCCACAUGUGUGCACUUUAAAAUUGACUAUAAGCAAGAAUCAGAAGGUCUGUACAUUGCCAAUCUCAGUCUAAUAUCUCCACUGGAUUAUGAAUCCAGACCUGUGUAUACAACUAAACUUGUGGCUAUUGAUGCUCCUGGAGUGACGCCACAAUUCACAACUACUGUCAACGUUCAGAUAAAUGUCCAAGAUGCUCAGGAUGUGCCCCCUGUUUUCACCAAUGCUGGAGCCUCUACAAGUGUCAGUGAAGGUGCUACCAUCGGUAGCCCACUUAAUUUUGCCAUAUCUGCUAGAGAUGGAGAUACAGGGGAUAAAAGGCCAGUUGUAAUUGAAAUCCUUAAUGAUUCAUUAAGUGCCUUCAGACUGAAUUCUACUGUGCCAUCCUUUAUUGAUGGAGUCUAUGAAGCUCAACUAAUUGUAAACAACCAGCUAGACAGAGAGACACUACAGGGAGCUUAUACAUUUGUUACACAGGUGACUGAGCUGGACAAGGUGACAAGAAAUCGGACUACUGCCACUGCUACAGCAACCUACACUGUCUUUGUCACAGAUGUCAAUGACAAUGCACCAACUUUUGGAUCUCCUGUGUACAAUAUAAAUAUCCCAGAAAUAAAUUCAGUCAAUACAGUCAGUACAAUACAGCUGACAGAGUUGCAUAUUACCUGUACAGAUAUUGAUGAGCCUUCCAAUGCGCGAUACAAUGUAACAGUGAUUUCACAAACCUACCCAGCAUUCAGUGUAACUCCUCAAAUCACUUUCAUUGGUAACGUGAGCAUGUAUCUGAAAGUAGACAACCCUAUUUAUUUGGACUAUGACAUUCCAGCCUACCGACGCCAGACUGUAGUUCUGCUCGCUAAAGAAGUCAAUACUAUAGAACAGUUUACUGGUUCAACUACAGUGAACAUCAAUCUACUAGACAUCAAUGAUAAUGCCCCAGAGUUCACACUACAUACAUAUAACUUCAGUGUACCUGAAAAUGUGAAGUCUUUCAAUUUUUCUUAUAUCAAAGCAACUGAUAUAGAUUCUGGAAGUAAUAGUAAUAUUACUUAUAGACUAGAAGGAGAGUCAUUUUACAUUCCAAAGUUUACCAUUGAUAGUGUUACAGGCUUAUUGUCAGUGAAUGGUGAUUUGGAUUAUGAAUCAACUCAAGUCUAUGUCUUCAUGGUGUAUGCCACUGAUCAAGGAAAUCCACCAAAGUCGGCCUCAGCACAAGUUGUUGUGAAUAUCCUGGACUUCAAUGACCAGGGCCCUGUAUUUGACCUCCCAAACUAUCAAACAGCAUGUAAUGAAAGCAGUCUGGUAUUCCAGACUCCUGUCAUUGUGCAUGCUGUGGAUAAUGAUGUUGGUUCCAAUGUGACCUACAGAAUAGUUAGUGGGCAAAGUCCAAAUAAUGCCUUUGUCCUGAACCCAAUUUCUGGUGUUCUGAGCCUGAGGGAUUAUCUCAAUUUUGAUGACACACCUCUUGACGCGACUGGAAAAAGAACGUCAUUUUUUGUGUUAAAAAUUGAAGCUUCAGAUAAUGGCGUCCCACCACAGACAAAUCAAGUUGAAGUUAUAGUCAAUGUUAUUGAUGAGAACAACCAUGCUCCAACUAUGACUGUGACACAAUUUACAAAGACAAUCUCAGAAAUAGCUCCUUCUGGCACAUCCAUUGCUCAGUUAUCCGCCAUAGAUCUAGAUGGUGGUGACUUUGGAAAGGUUACUUACAGGCUUGGCCCAGGUCAAUCAGACAAUUUCUUUGUUGACCCCAACAGUGGCCUAGUUACUGUUAAUUUAAACAGUGCUUUUGAUUAUGAUAUUGCAAAGAGCUAUUCAUUUAUUAUUUAUGCUGCGGAUGGUGGAGCACCACAGAGAUCUGCAACUGCCACUGUGACUGUGUAUAUAACUGAUGCAAACAAUAAGGACCCAGUUUUCAAAGAUCUCAUUUAUGUCAAAGAAGUUGAUGAAUUGACUCCAGUUAACACUGUAAUCCUGAGUGUAACUGCUACAGAUCAGGAUUCAAACAACAGCUUGACUUACAAUGUGGAGGCCAACACCAUCAUUGCCUACGACAGCAAUGGAAACCUGCUUACCACAACCAGUCAAUACAAUUACAAGAAUGCCUUUGAUGUAAAAGCUAAUGGCGAUAUCUAUGUUAAAAGUACCUUGAACAAGAACCUGGCCCAAAACAUUCAAUUCACUCUCAAUUGUCGUGACCUAUACACUCAGAAGGGAAUUGGUACAGGCAAUACACAGAUAGCUCUAAGUAUCACUGGCAGGGCUGAGAAUGGCAUCUUUUGUGAUCCUGUCAAUCAAAUAUUUAUUAAUGAAGAUGCUAACAUUAACAACAGCCCCAUCACUGUGACAGUGCGUGAUCCCAAUAAUAUUCCAGUCAAUAACUAUACCAAGCUGAGUGGAUCAGAUUAUUUUUUUGUUGAAAAAUUGACAGGGAGAAUCGUACUGCAAAAGAAACUAGACUAUGAGAAUGAUGCAAUGGCAGAUCAUUUACAUCGGAUAGUGGUUGGAGCUUACCUUGGAAAUAACAGUGCUACAUGUUCUGUCACCAUAUCUAUUGUUGAUAUAAAUGACAAUGCACCAGUUUUUCAAAAUCAUAACUAUGAAGCUUUUGUGUCCGAGUCAUCCCUCUAUCCAACUGAUAUUAUAUCAAUCUAUGCCACUGAUGCUGACAGCAAGAGUUAUGGGCCUUUAAGGUUUACAAUCUCAGGAGGUGUGGACUCAGAUUACUUUUCUCUUUUCCAUGAACCUGUACCAUCUGGAGCAUUAACAAACAGAAGAGCUCAUGUCAUAGUUGCAGAAGGCAAAAGAUUGGAUUACAAUCAGCGCAGUCAGUAUGACUUGACCCUUCUUGUUGGAGACAAUGAUGAUUUGUUGUAUUCUAGCAUUCGUUUGUAUGACACAGCUACACUUAAAAUCACUGUUAUAGAUGAAAAUAAUAAUUCGCCUACCUUCAAAGAAAAUAGUCGAUCCAUUUCUGUGCCUGAAACAGCUGAGCUAGGCUUGAGCAUUGCAACGAUAGUUGCCACUGAUGAGGAUCGUGGACGAAAUGGAGAAAUAACAUACGAAUUUGUGUCAAGUGGCUCUGUUGACAGUCUAACUGGGAUGCAGCUGUUUUCUCUAUUGCCUAACACUGGAACCAUCAAUGUGAUGCGUUCUCUACUUGGUCUUGGUGGUAAGAAGUAUAGCAUGUAUGUGCGUGCCUGCGAUGGAGGAGAUGUGCCAAAUUGUUCCCAGAUACCAGUGGACAUUUAUGUUCUGAGUACAGAGAAUGAUGACGGCAACCCUAAGUGGAUCUACCCAUCUGUUGGGUUUGUGCUUUAUGCUCCUGAGGAGACUCCAAAUUAUGUUCUGAAUGUCAAUGGGAAUACAAAGAUUUUUGAAGUCAUCCCUCGCCGUGGCAAUGUCACCACAUAUGAGCUGUCACCAUUAGGUCCUGAUGCCAAAAGUUUUAAAGUGAACAGUACAACUGGAGAAAUCACUGUAGUGGACAGAUUAGACAGAGAAAAACAAGAGACAUACAAUCUGCUGAUUAACGCUGUGGAUAUGUUUAAUGGAACUGCUUACAAAACAGGUCGUCAAUUCUAUGUUACACUAACUGACAUCGAUGACAAUGAAGCUACUUUCACUAAUCCUAAAAACUAUGAAGGAUGUCUCAGGAUUGAUCGUCCAUUGGUUAUAAGUGUCAGAGAAAACACACCAGCCAAUGUCUCAGUGUAUACACUCAAAGCAUGUGAUCCAGAUGGUCCAGGCAAUAACGGCAUUCUCUAUAGGCUUUACAACGGCAGUAGUGAUUAUUGUUAUCAACAAAACAACAUUUCUGACAUAACUGUGGAUAGCAACGGAGUACUAAUCACCAGACGUAUUAUAGACUAUGAGCAAAAUAAAGAAUAUAACCUCUGUGUUGAAGCAGUUUCAGCCAAACCCAUUCAGGGGCGCAAGAAAAGAUCAUUUGACAUGAGCAAAGUGAAUAGUUCUUUGGACAAUGUGGCCUAUUUGAAUAUACAGAUAAUAGAUUUGAAUGAUAAUGGACCUUCAUUCCCAAAACCUAAUGCCUUUGGUGCUGUUGAAACGGAUCCCAAGGCUGGUCCAGUUCUACAAUUGGAUGCUGUAGAUCUAGAUGGUCCUGGUAACAAUGAAAUAUUGUAUCGAAUUGAAAAUUCAAUUUUCUAUCCUGUGGAUGGUUCUCCAAAACCUGUAACUGGGGCCUUCAUCCUUCGUGGUGACAAGAAAGCUAUUUACCCAGCCUACUCCAACUAUGGAGAUUACAUUGGAGGACACUUUGAAAUUACUGUUGUUGCUUCUGAUCCAACCAAUACCUCCAUUUCAUCGAAACAAACUGUGAAUAUCUUUAUUUAUGACUCGAAACAAGCUUUGAAAAUGAUCUUGAACCUUCCACCUGCAGAUGGAUUCACCAAAUCUCAUGCUCUUGUCAGACAACUGGCCGAGGUUUCUUCAUCUUAUUACUUUUCGUACAUUCAAGCCUCAGGAGACAGCUCCUCAUCAGACAUGACUAAUGUUUGCUUCUUGGUAGUGAAAGUUGACUCUGAACCAAAGGCCAUCCUAAGUUUAAGAGAUGUAGAAGAUCUGUUAGAUCAGAACAAGUUCACUGAUGUCUGGAGGCUGCCAGUUUACAAGGCAGUGGACAGAGGGCAAUGCUUCCCCUCUGAGUCAUCAGAAAAAAAUGUCAAGUGGAGAGACUUGUGGUGGGUCCUGGUUGCUCUGGCUAUAUUCAUCUUUGUCUGCUGUGUGAUUUUGAUCAUAUUGGUUGCUAUACUUUAUGACAGAUAUAAAAGUUACAUGACCACAAGAAAAACUUAUUUAGUUUCCCAGUGAUGAAUUGACAAGUUGUUUUGUUUGUUGAAUAGUAAAGGGACACAACCCACUUUAGAAUAUGAAUUUCAUGGACAGAACAGCGAGAACUAUUUAUAAGGAUUGUCUUUUUCUCAGCCUAUGUAACUCGGGAACUAUGAAUUAGUGUUGUGAUAUAUGGUCAAGUGAGUUUAGCUAAAACAUGAAGAUGUUUGAAUAAAUGAACAUUUUGUGUGGAUCACCGGUUUAGAUACUUCACUUCAUGACUGACUCAGAAAGUUUGCUGAACCUUGUGUGCCUUAGUAAAUUGUUCUUAGACAAUUUCUGUGAUUUCUGUUUCUGAUGAUACAUUAAGUCCCCAAAUUUGUUUUAUUAGUGUCCAAUAAAAUUGGUCAAGAAAUUGAUAACAUUGAGAUUGAUUAGCUCCCCCUCCUCCUAAAACAAAUCCUUAUUCAACUCUCAUGUAGGAAUUUGUUGUGUUGAUGUAAUUCUGUGUACAUUUCAUUUGUAUUUAUAUUUUUUACAUUUCUGUGUUAUGUAUUUGAUACCUUUCUAAACUUGUGUCUUUACUUUCAACAUAAUUUUGAUAGUAAAGUUUAUGUCUAUAGUUCAUAUUUGGAAUGAAUGUUUGAAAGAUUACAUGAUCAAGCUAGUGCAAAUUUCUUUACUUUAUAAAAACAAAAAACAAUAUUUUCUCAACUGUGUACAGUUUAGCUGCUGAGAACAUUUUGUAUUAUUUUUACUUUCCAAAGAUCAGGAACAUAAAUACUUUGUCAUAGUAGCAGAACAGGUUUUUGUCAAUAACCUACAUACAAAAAAUUAAUGAAAUGGCCAAAGAUCUCAGGUAAAAAAAAAGACAUGAUAAAAUUAAUUAAAAAACUUGGAUAAGAUAAAAUAUUGUUAUGAAUUUUUGUUGUUGUUGUUGUUGUUCAUGACCUUAAUGCCAUUAGUUGAUAAGCCAAUUACAAUGUAUCCAAUCUGUUGAAUGUGUUGACUGUCUAGAUUUUUCUGUGUUUUUUUUUCUACAAAUAUACCAUUCCAUGUAAAUAAAAUCAUGUCUACACA